ACUUUAAUUAAAUAAUAUAUAUAAAAAAUUUUCAAUAAAAAAAUUAAAUAGCUAAUAUUAAAAUUGUAAGCUUAAAUAUUUUGUUCUAAUUAUUUAUUAUAUUUUUAUCAUUUUAAAAACAUUCUAAAAAAUGUCUGAAGAUAAAUUAGUUACUACUGAUAUUCUACUGGAAUUUUUAGAAGUAGCAUUCAAUCAUAUCUUAUUUUUUAGAAAUUUAUAUCCCAAAGAAAUAUUUGUAAAAAAAAAAAUUUAUAGCGUAAUUGUAUAUAUUUCUGAACAUCCUGAGCUUAAUGAAUACAUAAAAAAUGUAUUAAAUGCAAUUAGAGAAUUAGUGAAAGAGAAUGAAAAUAACAUUAAAGCUGUGAAUCUAGUUUUUUAUAAUAAAAAAAGAGAGCCAAUUGAGAAAUUUAUUUUUGAUUUUAUUAAAUUACAAGCAAAUAGCACAGAAAAAGAUCCAUAUUAUUUAAAAACAGAAGAAUCAUUAAGAACAAUUUGUUUGAAAUUAUCAAUGUGUGAAGCAUAUUUGAAACCAUUGCCAGAAGACUCAUCCUUCUCCAUUGAAAUUCAAACACAUGAAACUGCACAUAUUAUUUUAAGUGAAAAUCCUCAUUGUGAAGAUUUUCCAUGGAUUAUCGAUGAAAAUGCUUUUGAAAUGACUAACAAAAAUUUACUUCCAUUGAAAACUAUAAAAACAGAUUGUCUAAAUUUACAAAUGUAUGUUAUUGAAGAUGAAAAUAAGAAAUGCACAGAUUAAUUACAACUAUAUGUAAUAAUUGAUUUUAUAAUAUGUAUUUAUUAAAUAAUUAUUAGUCUUAAUUAU